AUGUCGGCAAAGGGCAAGGAGAAGGAGAAGCCAAUCGCCUCGCUCAUCGCCGGAGCUACGGCCGGAGGUAUCGAGGCCUUUGUCACGUACCCUCUCGAGUCGCUCAAGACGCAGCUUCAAUUCCAUGCCGACGCCAAGACUACGCCAUGGAGCCUGCUCAAGGACACGGUUGAAAGACGCGGCAUCAAGGGUCUGUAUGCUGGUGUACCGGCCGUGAUCGUCGGCAAUGCCGUCAAGGCUGGCGUGCGCUUCACGACGUACGACCAGUUCAAGUCUAUGCUCAAGGACGACGAGGGUAAUAUUACUGCCCCGCGGUCUAUGCUUGCUGGUCUCUGCGCGGGCAUGAUGGAGGCCGUCAUUGCGGUCACGCCGUCUGAGACGAUCAAGACCAAGAUGAUCGAGGACUCGAAGCGCAACGUGCCCCACUACAAGGGAACGAUGGACGGUGUGCGCAAGAUUGUUGCAGAGGAGGGCAUCGGGGGACUGUACCGCGGGGUCGGGCCUGUCAUGCUCCGCCAGGGCGCCAACUCGGCCGUGCGCUUCUCGUCAUACUCGACGAUCAAGCAGCUCGCGCAGGGCUCGCUGCCACCAGGCUCGGUGCUGCCUGGGUGGAUGACGUUCGGUAUCGGGUCCAUGGCUGGUGUCAUCACGGUCUACACCACCAUGCCGUUUGACGUCAUCAAGACCCGCAUGCAGACGAUCGAGGCCAAGAAGGAGUACCGCAACGCAGUGCAUUGCGCGUACCGCAUCAUCACGGAGGAGGGGGUGCUCAAGCUCUGGAAGGGUACGGUGCCCCGCCUCGGACGACUGGUGCUGUCCGGUGGCAUCGUCUUCUCCGUGUACGAGAAGAUCUACCCCGUCGCCGCCAGCCUCCUUCCCUAA